AUGGCAAGCGAGCGCCAGACAUUCCAGGCUGAGGUGGCUGAGGUCGAGCGGUUCUUCAAGGACCCCCGCUUCUGGAAGACGAAGCGGCCAUACACCGCCGCGGAGGUCGUCUCCAAGCGCGGCACCCUCCCCAUCUCCUACCCCUCCGACGUCCUGGGCCGCAAGCUCUGGCGCAUCCUCUCCGAGCGCUACAAGAAUGGCACUCCUUCACAUACUUACGGCGCGCUCGACCCUGUGCAAAUCACACAAAUGGCCAAGUACCUCGAGACCGUCUACGUCUCCGGCUGGCAGUCAUCAAGCACGGCAUCCAGCUCGCACGAGCCCGGCCCCGACCUGGCUGACUACCCGUCGAACACCGUCCCCACUGUGGUCGAGCACUACUUCAUGGCCCAACUCUUCCACGACCGCAAGCAGCGCGAACUGCGCUCCCGUAUGUCAGAGAAGGAGCUCGCGCAGACGCCCUCUAUCGACUACCUCCGCCCGAUCAUCGCCGACGCCGACACGGGCCACGGCGGCCUCACCGCGACGAUGAAGCUCGCCAAGAUGUUCGUCGAGAAGGGCGCCGCAGGCGUGCACAUCGAGGACCAGGCGCCGGGCACGAAGAAGUGCGGGCACAUGGCCGGCAAGGUCCUCGUCCCCAUCCAGGAGCACAUCAAUCGCCUCGUCGCCCUCCGCCUCCAGAUGGACAUCAUGGGCGUCAUGAACCUCGUCAUCGCCCGCACCGACUCGGAGGCCGCGACGCUCAUCACCACCAACGUCGACGAGCGCGACCACCCGUUCAUCCUUGGCUCCACGAACCCGAACCUCCAGCCGCUCGUCGCCGUCCUCAACGAGGCCGAGCGCGCGGGCAAGACCGGUGCCGCGCUCGAGGCCGCCGAGGAGCAGUGGAUGGCCCAAGCGAACGUGCAGCUCUUCUCGACCGCGCUCGCGAACGCGCUCACCGCGCAGGGCGCCUCUCCCGUGGCCGUCAACAAGUUCGCCGCGCGCGUCGCCCAAGCCUCGUACCCCGCCGCGGUCGCGAUCGCGCAGAGCGAGUUCGGGCUGAAAAAGGUACCCUUCUGGGACUGGGACGCGCCGCGCACGCGCGAGGGCUUUUACCGCUACCAGGGCGGGACGCAGUGCGCGGUGAACCGCGCGAUCGCCUUCGCGCCGUACUCGGAUCUGCUCUGGAUGGAGACCAAGAAGCCGAUCCUCGCGCAGGCGAAGGAGUUCGCCGACGGCGUGCACGCGGUCUACCCCGAGCAGUGGCUCGCGUACAACCUCUCGCCGUCGUUCAACUGGGAGGCCGCCGGGCUCAACGCGGACGACAUGAAGGCGUUCGUCUGGCAGCUCGGCAAGCUCGGCUUCGUCUGGCAGUUCAUCACGCUCGGUGGCCUGCACUCGAACGCGUACAUCAGCGACCUGUUCGCGCGCUCGUACGCGACGGAGGGCAUGAAGGCCUACGUCGAGCUCGUCCAGCGGCGCGAGCGCGAGAUCGGCUGCGACGUGCUUACCCACCAGAAGUGGUCCGGCGCGGACUACAUGGACAACCUGAUGAAGACCGUUACAGGCGGUGUGUCCUCGACCGCCGCCAUGGGCAAAGGUGUCACCGAGGACCAGUUCAAGUCGAAGCUCUGA